AUGGUCAGCCAAAGUGCCUUUGUCUCUACUACGGAGCGCAUUCGUGCCCUUGAGAAGAGUUUUCAUGCGGAAGGUGUGAAACAUGCGAACAACUUAGUUGAAAUUCUCAAGCAUGUUACACCUGGUGAUCCAGGCUGCACCAGAGCAAUUCAUGCUAGUCGUCGUAUACUGACUGCACUAGAAAAACUUGCGGCACUAGAAGAUGUUCUUCGCAAAUGGACGCAAGAGCGUCGUGCAGAUUACGCUUCCGCUCUCAUUGCUAUACUCGCUUCCGCUGCGGCAUCCGAGCUGGAAAAGGAGACUGCCAUUACGGGCGCCGCACUUACACAUGCAACAAUCUGGUCCACGUUUCUGAAAUGCGCAAUGGAAGGGAAAGCGGAAAAGACACAGAAAGACGUCAUUCUGGAUUGCUUUGUAAAACGUUUUGGGGAUUUGAGAUUGACUGCGAUGCAUCUGGUGAAAGCGAGAGCUGGGGAUUUGGACAUGCGUUUAGAAGUGAUGCGCUAUUGUGCAGGCCCUACUGAGCAGAAAGCAGCGAGAAAAUCGGAUGUGAAGGUUACGGACAAGGAUCUUCGAAAGGCUUUUGGAGCAGCGUGGGUGUCAUUGGUAGCGGACAAGAGUUUGUCAUCAGAACACCGCCGCGAUAUUCUCGAGCGGGUUCCCACCGAGCUUAUUCCCAAUAUGUCAGACCCCUUGGUGCUAGCUGAUUUUUUGAACGAUUCAUAUAACAAUGGAAAGGAUGUCUCCGUGGCAACAACUGCGUUAGACGGGUUGUUUGUUUUGAUAUCGAAACACGGAUUGGAUUACCCCUUGUUUUACCCAAAACUAUAUGCACUCAUGUCACCAGAUGCAUUGUUUUAUGCGAAUGGGAGGAAGAGAUUCUUAGAACUGUCUGCAUUGUUUUUGCGCCAAGGCGCCAUGCUUCCCGGGGGUAUGGUCGCCGCUUUCGUAAAACGGCUUACCAGACGGGCCCUCAUGGCUCCUACAGAGGGCGCCCUCUGGUGUCUCAGGCUCGCAGUCGACCUGCUGUACAAGCAUCCCAACGUUUCCUACAUCGUCCAUCGGACGGUGAACCUUUUUGACGGUACUAAUACCACUGGGUCCGUCGGCAAGAAACGUCCUCGGACUGACACGACUAAAGACCCCUUCGAUGAUGAGGAACUUGAUCCUCAAGCAAGCAAGGCAGACGAGAGUUCGUUAUGGGAGCUGGAAGUGCUAGCAGACCACAUCUCUCCGGCUGUUUCGAGACUGGUGACGUCGUUUUCAAAGGAUGUCCGAAAGAACCCUCCAGCACCACCAGGCGUCCUCUCCGAUUACACAGGUCUCAGUUUCGAAGAUACGUUCCAAGCCGAAUUCAAACGACGAGCCAAAUCGUCACAUCUUGCGUAUGACAUGCCUGGGCGGGGACCAGGCGUGGAAGAGAUAGGAAAAAAGCUUCAGCCCUGCAUGGAGUGGGCGUAG